AUGAAUAAUACUGCACCUGAUCACAAGAUUCUUAAUGAUAUUGAACUUGAUGUGAUACAAAGUUCUUGUCCUUUUGAAAACAUUGAUAGCGGACAAAAUUCCAACUCAACAGAAUUUGUUGCAUUAACAACAGCAAUUGUUAAUGCACCUGUAAACCAAGAUUUAAGAACAAAUAAAAGUGUUACUGACAAUGAAAAUUCCAAGGAAAAAAUAUCCAAAAGAGUGAGCAAAGAAAAUACAACAAAUAAAACAAUGACCAGGAAUUCCAACUCAGACAUUCUUAAAGAUAACAUUGAAGAUGGAAUGAUUGAAAACAUGAAUGUCAGUGUAACAUUUGGACGAGGAAGGCGGAAAAAGAAAUUGAGCAAUUCAAGCAAAGCUGAAGAAGACAAAACAGCAAUUGAACAAACAAAAACAGUAUUACCUUCUGAUAUUCAGGAGCUCAAUGAUGAUUCGAUGGAUAUUGCUUCAACAAUCUCUGAAAAGGACAAAAAUAAAGAACAAACUGAACAGUCAAAAAAGAAUAUCAACCAAAGGAAAUCACAAGCAAGGAAGAACACUUUAACAAACCCUGAUUUAGAUGUUUAUGAUUUUGAUGAAGUGGAUCGGAUGAAGAGGUCUUUUGAUGCAGGAAAAAUGGCAAAUUCUUGUAAGACUGAUAUGUUUGUUGAAUGUGAGGUUGAUGUUCAUAGUGAAACUGAUAAAGAUAUACAGCAAAAAAAUGACGGUGUCAUGAUUCUUGAAAAAAAAUCUGGAACAAAGGACAAAAAGUCAAACACACCUGAGAACAAGGAAUUAAACACCAAAGUGACUUGUGAUGAAGAGGUUGUAACUAAUCAACCAUUUCCACGAACAGAAAAUAGAAAGUCAAAAUUAUGCCAGAGAAGAAAAACAGCUCAAGAAUCUGCUAUCAACACAUCAGAUAAGAGUACUAGAAAAAUAAGGUCAAACAGACCGAGGAGAACAGCCAACAAUAAAACAUAUGCUGAGGAAUCUGAUACAGAAUCUCAGACUGACAAAGAAAUAGAAGUAAUAAAAAGCUCAUUAAAUUCUGAAAAUGAUGGAGGACUCAUUGACGAUAGAAAAUCUAGGAAUAAAGAUAAAACAGUUUUGAAAUCACGUAAGACCAGACAAGUAGUGGUAUCAACACCAUUAGAUAAUCUGGAGGCAAGUGUUGCAAAUUUUGAUGGAGCAAAUGAAAUUCUUUCAUCUAUAGAUUGCAGCAACAAAGACAGAAACAAAGGUUGUGUGGGAGAUUUAGAAAAGGUUAAUACUACUAGUACCAAAGACAAGGAACAAUUUACUGAAAAGAAUAAGCAUGAUGGGGAUACCACAGAGCAGAAUGGCAGUUUUGAAAAUGAUAGACAAAGUGAUCAACUGACCGUGUUGGCACAAAAGAAAGAAUGUUUUUCAAAAGAUACCAAAGGCAAGUCUGGGAGACCAAAAAGGAAGGCAUCUCAAUUGAGAGAAGAUUCACAGCAGUUAUCCAAAACAAAACAUCAAAUGAAGGAAAAAUCUGUCAUGAGCAGGAAGAAGAAAGUGAAUGAAUGUGAUAGUGAUGUUCAAAGUGAAUGUGAGGAUGACAUACAAAAUGCAGAUGUUUUAGCUGGCAAAAAUGCUAUAAAGAAAACAGAAGCAAAGGAGAGGAAAUCAACGAAGUCUGAGAUUGUGAAUUUAGAAAAGGGACAAAGUGACAAUAAACAAGCAAAUAAGACUCGUAUUCAAAACUCAAGGAAAGCAAGACUUAGCGAGAGGAGUGACAUAACUCUGGAAACUACAGCUGACACCAACUCAUUAGAACAAACUCCUUUCACCCGGAGAGUGAUGAAGGAGCUUUGGACAGCAGAAAAUUUCCUGGAAAUAGAGACAAAGAAAUGUUGA